AUGCUCGAGUUCCGCACCCAAGGCUUCAACGGCUACAGCGUCAAGUACUCGCCCUUCUUCGACUCGCGCAUCGCCGUCGCGGCCUCCGCGAACUUUGGUCUUAGAAAUGGCAUGCGAUCCUCCCAAACUACCUCGCCCAGACUUCACCCCAUUAACCUCUUCUUUAGGUUUGACACCCAAGACUCACUCUACGACCUCGCCUGGUCCGAAGCGCACGAAUCGCAAGUGCUCUGCGCCUCCGGCGACGGCAGCAUCAAACUCUUCGACCUCUCCCUCUCCGAUUUCCCCAUCGCCUCCUGGCAGGAGCACGCGCGCGAAGUCUUCUCCGUGCACUGGAACCUGCUCACCAAAACCACCUUCCUGUCCAGCAGCUGGGACGGCACGAUCAAGAUCUGGGAUCCCUCCUCCUCUUCCUCCCUGACAACCCUCCCAACCCACUCCUGCACCUACUCGGCCUCCUUCUCCCCGCACAACCCCUCCGUCCUCUCCGCCGUCUCCUCAGACUCCCACCUCCGCGUCUUCGACCUCCGCACCCCGGCCAGCGCGUCAAACCACCUCACGCUCAGCAUCCCGAUCCACACGCCGCCGAAACCCCGCAUGGGCGUCCCCGCGCCCGUCGGCAUCCCGCCCGCCGAAGCCCUGACGCACGACUGGAACAAAUACCGCGACAGCGUGCUCGCCGUCGGCGGGGUCGACCGCGCGAUCCGGACCUUUGACCUGCGGAGCCCGGGCGCGGGGCCCGUGGCCGUGCUGCCGGGCCACGAGUACGCGGUGCGCAGGCUGGCGUGGAGCCCGCAUCUGAGCGAUGUGCUGCUGAGCGCGAGCUAUGACAUGACGUGUCGGGUGUGGACGGAUGGGAGCGCGGUCGGGGUCAAAGGGGGUGGGGAGGAGGUGGCGGAUCCGAUGGCGUUUGGAGGCGGGAGGGAGAUGGGGCGGAUGGGGAGGCAUACGGAGUUUGUGACGGGGGUGGAUUGGUGUCUUUUUGGGGCCGAGGGGUGGUGUGCGAGUUGUGGGUGGGAUGAGAGGGUGCUGGUGUGGGAUGUUAGGGCUGUUAUGGGGGGCUGA